GAAGGCGGAACCGGAAGUCGUGAGGGACGCGCCGGUCCCCAGCAUGGCGGCCGCCUGGCCCUCCGGGCCGGCAGUUCUGGAGACCGCGGCCGUCCAGCUCCUGGGUGUCCUGUGGUUCGUGUCAGUCACCACGGGACCCUGGGGAGCGGCCGCCGCCGGGGGCGAGGAGACGCUGAAGUGCGAGGACCUCAGAGUGGGACAAUAUAUUUGUAAAGAUCCAAAAAUAAAUGAUGCUACACAAGAACCAGUUAACUGUACAAACUACACAGCUCAUGUUCCAUGUUUUCCAGCACCCAACAUAACUUGUAAAGAUUUCAGUGGCAAUGAAACACAUUUUACUGGACAUGAAGUUGGUUUUCUCAAGCCCAUAUCUUGCCGAAAUGUAAAUGGCUAUUCAUAUAAAGUGGCUGUUGCACUGUCUCUUUUUCUUGGAUGGUUGGGAGCAGAUCGAUUUUACCUUGGAUACCCUGCCUUGGGUUUGUUAAAGUUUUGCACUGUAGGAUUUUGUGGAAUUGGGAGCCUAAUUGACUUCAUUCUUAUUUCAAUGCAGAUUGUUGGACCUUCGGAUGGAAGCAGUUAUAUUAUAGAUUAUUAUGGAACCAGACUUACAAGACUGAGUAUUACUAAUGAGACAUUUAGAAAAACACAGCUGUAUCCAUAAAUGUUUUUAAAAAGAAACAGUUUCAUGCCUGAUUAAUUUUAAUAGUGAACUUCCAGUAUGUGGAUUUCCAGAUUUUCUUUUUCCUUCUUCACAUAACACUUUACAGAUUCUUUGUAACUUUUUGUUGUUGAUGAUGCUUUUGUUUUGUUGUUUUAGUUGAAAGCAUUUUAUCCUGAGAUUUAUUUAAUAGGACUUUCUUUGAGAGCUGUAUGUAUAAUAAUAGUCUUUCCUAGGCUACUGUCUCUAUGAGAUAGAUAGCUUAUUACCCGAUAUCCUGUAAUGUCUUUUCCAAAGACAAGUUGCCACUUGUCAUUUUUGCUUCUGAAAAAUAAAAGUAUGACUUACUCACAUUUUUUAGUGCUUUAAUUAAGAAACCUUAAAUGUUGAAAGUAGCUGUCUUCUGCAUUUUGAUCCUUCAAAGUAGUUAAUCCGUGGUGUGAACAAAUACCAUUUAUAUUGCCUGGGGUGCAGUCUAGUGUAUGACAACCGCCUGGUUUUCUGUAGCUUUUCAGAUCUGUCUUUGCCUUGGUAUCCAAGGAGCUGAAGAUCAUCAGGGAGUCUGAAACCUUGAGGCAACAUGGGAACUUCUGGCAUUGGUUCAGGCCUCUGAAGUGUGAACUUUCUCCUUUUUGCUUGUGGGAGUGCUGCACUAGCUUUUGAAAGACCAGAUGCUGACUCAUCUAGCUCAGUGCAGUUACAUUUGAAGUUGGAUGGACAAGGUGGGAACACUGAACAGAAGAUUAAUGUUUCCCAUCUGUUAGCACUGCCAGGCAGCUGCUGGACAAGCGCCUGAAGUGAUGCACAGCGACUGAAGGAAGCAGCACCUGCAUGUUAGCACUGGCUUUUCUUACUGUGUUUAAGAAGCUGGAAAUACAUGAAAUGUUAUGUCCCCAUAAUCCUGUUACGUGCUUUCUUUAGAAACAGGCAGAGCAAUUUCAGAAUUAUUGAAGCCGGACUUCUCAAAAGUGAAACCAACAUUUUUUUAUCACCCCUUUUACUCAAAAGUAUAUUGUAUAGUCCAGUUAGCUUCAUAACAUGUUAGUCAUUCAGUAACAGAUUCUCCAGUUGGUAGGAUAUUCAGUAUUGAUAUAUAAAGCAAAUUUGGGUUACUCCUAAUAUAUAUCAGGAAUGGUCUCUUAUUCAUUAAUUAAUGAAAAUACUGGGUGUCUACCAUUUAGGAGGCACUGUCCUAGAUGCUAUGAUGCAGCAAGGAGCAAAACACAAGCAUCUCUGCCCUUAAAGAGCUUAUAUUUCAUUGGGAUCCACUUCUUUAUAGUGAUAAUAUUUUGGCUACAGUUAAACUAGCUGGGAGAGCCUGUUUGCUAGUAUUGCCUAGAUUCUUUUGGUUGCAAACAGUACUUUGAAGUUCCUUCAGGAUCACCUAAGCCCAGAUUUGAAAAGUCCAUUAAGUUUUCAUAGCCAUGUAAGUUCAAUUAUAUAAGAAAUACUUGCAGUCAAGUCUUGAAAAGUAAUAUCGAUUCUUGUAUAAUUGUUACAGUUAUUAACGUGGCCAGGUGAGAAGUCUGUUUUAAAGCAGGUUUCUCAAAAUAUUUAGUGAAGUAAGCCGUAGUACUCCGGGUCAUUGAUACAAUCUAGAAAUACAGUUUUUUCACAAUACAUUCUUAAAAGUUUAAACUUUAUUUUCACUGUAAUAUCCUAAAUUUACAUGACAAGAGCACUUAGCCUGCAACCAAGGUACAUGCCCUUGACCAGAAUCAAACCCGGGACCCUUCAAUCCACAGGCUGACGCUCCAACCAUUGAGCAAACUGGCUAGAGCUAUAUAUAAUUCUUUAACUAGUUUUUUUUCAAUUUUUUUUAUGUGAAUGAAUUUAAUGCAUGUGAAUACAGUUUGUUUGUUUUUACUUUAAUGGAACACUAUUGUUUUUGGCUAUUAGUGUGUGAGAGUAUAAAUUAUAUGUGAAGGCCUCUGUAUGAGAUGUUUUAUAUAAUAACCCUGCUUUUAAAACAGUGGCCAAGUAUGAGAUGGAUUAGCUCAGUCUUUACUCCUAAACCCUCUAGGGUGGGAUGGAAUGGAUUAUUUCAAUUCUAUAGAAACAGUAUUUCUAUAGACCCAUUUACAAAUGCUAAUACAAUUUCCAGAAGUCCCUCUUUACCCAGGAAGAGUUCCUACUACACUGUAGUAAACGGAAGGACCACUUUCAGACUUCAGAGUCUGCUCUGUGCAUGCCAGCUUUUGCUCCUCGGGCCACUGGGACUUUACAAAAUGCUUGUUUGGGGUAUGUUUUUGUUUUGUACAAAAAAAUUCUGUGUCUUUUUUUCUUAUUUAAACCUAGAUGCUUAAGGCUAAGCAUUAUAAGACAGAUAGGCAGUUAGGAAGCUAACAUAGAUAUAAUAGCAAGAAACUAGUAAGAAGGAAAAUUAGUUCUUAAAAAGCACAAGUCUAAGAUGUUCUCUUCCUCAAACACCUUCAAUGUAGAUACUCCCCAGGGUUCUGGCACCUUCCCUCUUCCUAUCUCUCAUUAAAUCAGCAUCCAUUUUGCAUUUUUUCUAUGUACAAAAUUCAAGCUUACUGAAGAAAUUUUGGGAAAACACCAAAAAGUACAAAGGAAAACUCAUUUCACAGCUCAACGGUAACAUUAAUAUUUUUAUGUGUGUCUUAGUACCUUUUUCAUGCAUGUAUGUUCAUUUUUCACAGAAAUUACACAUACCUACUGUUUCAUAGCCUGUGUCUUCACAUUGUAAAGAUUUUUCUAUUUCAAUAAAGAUUUUUUACAAAAUCA